CGGCCCCGCCUCGGCCCCGCCCCCGCGUGGGGGUGUCCGGCCGUGCCCGGGCGCCGCAGCCGGGCAGGCCGCGGGCUGCGCCGUGCCCAAACUUUCCCGGGCAACUUCCUCCCGCCGCCGCGCCGGGGCCGGGGCCGGGGCCGCGGAGAGGUCUGCGUGCAGCGCUGAAGCCAUCACUUUCCUUGUGUUCUUCAUGUGACCUUGGCAAACGCUGCUUUUCACUAUGAGAAGUGAUUUGGCUUGUAUAACUCGGUUGCAGCAAAAAAUGCAAAUUAUGAUUUUUCUUCCUUGUUGGAUUUUUCCAAUUCUGUUGAAUGUGUAAUUACAACUAUGGCAACAAAAAUAGAAAUAAGUUCUACUUUGGCGUCUUUGACGACAGUACCUGACUUAAAUGAAAUCACAAAUGAAGAUAAAUCACAGCGUGUGUAUGUAAGUGUGCUUUCAGAUGCAAGUAAGAAGACAAAUGAACCUUCAGCAUCACUGACUCUUGAAGAGAAGAGCAAAUUCACAAGCACUUUAAGAUCCGCAACAAUGCCGACAUUAGGAUCAAGGCCGAGACUUUUCCCAAAGCCUUUUUCUAAAGAGAAAUCUUCAGAUACUUUUGCAAAUGUAAAACCACCUGUUACAGCUUUCAGAUCAAGUAAUCUUAUUAGAGAGGCCACUGAAGAAACAUCACCUGUUAAGGUAUUAAGUGGAAAUGUUCCUCCAUUAGUAGACCAAAAAGUAAUUGAAAGUGAAAAUAAGGCUAACAGUGAAGUAGUCACAAAUAUGACUUUCUACACUGGUCCCAGUGCUAAUACUGUCAUCCUUUUUGAGACAGCUGGCACGGAGCAAUCAAAGGUCAGCCUGGCCCAAGGAAAAAGGGCUGCUGAUGACCACAGAGUAUUUAGUACUACACAAACAAGAGAGCUUCACUGUAAUGCAAAGCUUGAGAAACCAUCUCAGCCUUCUGAGACAUCCAGGAAAGCUGAAGGAUCUAUUCAUAGGCAAAUAUCACUUUCUUCCAAUCCUAGGCCGGUCUCUUGGAACUCCCUCAAAACUCGUGAAAAGAAAGAUGCUUAUGAAGAUGUUACAGGGGAGAAAACCAAUGACGACACAAACAAUAUCAACAAUAAAGUUGGUUUUUCUGAUGUGCAGCAAAGGCUAAAACAUAGACCAGUAUCUGCUGUUUUCCUAGAAUCGUUAAGAGAUCAAAAGCAUCGCCCAGUGGAACCUUCGGAGGAAAAAUCUCCUACAGAGAAAUCCUGGGUUAGAAAACCAAGGCCUUUGUCCAUGGACCUGACGGCUAAGUUUGAGCAUAAAGAUCUUUCGUCCUGCAAAAAGACUUGCUCAUCCCAUGAGAGCAAGGAGAACGUAUCUAUAACUUAUUUUACUGAUGUGAGCUGUCAUGAGCAGUCUGAAAUGGGGCCAAAAAAUGAAGAAAUGGAAUUUAAUAAAGACAGUUCUUCUAAAACAAACUUGAAGCGCAGUAGUCAGGACAUUGGCGUCCUGAAUGAUGGGAAGUUCAUAUGGGAAACACAGCAUAAAUGUAAAAGUGAACAAACUGAGACAAAAUCAGAAGUAGUGACUAACUUGUGUGGUUCUGAAAGAAGCUGUGAAACUAGUAGUGACAGCAAAACUAAUAAGGAGGCGAAAAUAUUGGAUCAAAAGGAAACAUGUAUGUUUCUAGCUCGUGAAAGCCCUGCAGUUUCCUCAGAAAAGGAGAACAGUAUCAAAAGGGGUAGUGUUAAAAAACACAUUAGUUUGUUUGCUUCAGAAAAUCCCAGUCCUCCAGUGGAUACAGAGCCUCUCCCAUCAACUGCUGAGAGGGAAAACAGAUACAUGAACAUCCAACAGAGAAUCAAAGAACUGACAACAGAAAAUGCAGAGGCUAAGCCAGGAAAUCUGCGCAGGUCACUUCAAUCACGACCACUUUCUGCAGACUUAACAAAGAUGUUUUCAAGUCCAGCAUCAAGCAGUGAAGUCAAGCCAGAGAAACCUGCUGAAAUAAGAAAUGACUCUACCAGUGAAAUUCAAGAAAAUCAAAAAAGUAAGGAGAUCAAGCUUCCCCAUGGCACAGAUUUCACUGAAGCAUAUGCUGUUGGGAAUUCCUGGAAACCCCGGCAGAUUUUAAAACUAACAAAUAAAGCUGAUCAGACAGAGACAAAAGGAAACUUCCUUGGAGAUGGUCAGCAUUUUUCUCUGCAAAGUGAAAAUUCUGUCUCGUUCACAAGCAGCUUUGAAAAAAAAUUAAAACCAGCCACGGUUAUGGAAAAGACCUGUGUUAAAACUGUCCGAGCCACCAUGUUUGACCAUAAUAUUCAGAGACAUAAUGUUGCUGCUGGUCAUUCUGCAGUUGAUUCUGCACUGAAGAUGAAUAAUGAGCUUGAAAGAAAGCAUGAUACGGUGGCUUUGGGGCAUAACAGAGGAUCACGGGCGGGAGAAGUAGUGGAGGAGACAACUAGUAUAAAGCAGUAUCAUAAACAAUUUCAUUCAUCAAAACCUAUAGCAGAUGUAGAAAAAAGUGGAAAACCAGCUUGUUCAAAUGAAGACAAGAAAAUGACUCAGGCAAUUCUAUUAGAAAAAUCUGCUGUUGAGAAAAGUGAAAAACACACUCCUAAAAAUGCAGAAGACUCUCUAACUUACCAAAGAAUAGAGCCAAGAUAUGAAAUCUUUCAGACAUGUGGUGAAAGAGCUCUUAGUGAAGCCAUUACAAUGGCUCCUGAAAAAAAGGCUAUGACACUCAGAACUAGAAAAUCAUCUGUGAAAGAGAAGAAAAAUGAUGGGGAUGUCUUACACACUGAUCAGCCAGCCAGGCUAAAUGACAAAACUGACUACUUGAAAGAAGGUAGUAUUAUUUCAGAAACUAAAGACACAAAAGCUUUUCCAAGCAGGUUUACUUUUAAAGAACCUAAUGAUUUUUUCCCCGAUGGAUGUACUUUACCUGAACAGAAAAAAGGCUCUGGUAAACCUGAAACUGAUCCGAUAUUAAUAGCAGAGAAAGUACAUUAUUCUACAGACAAAAGCAAAUGCUUGGGAAUAAAUGAACAAAUAAAUAAGCUGCAUUCUGAAGUUAAAAAUGAAGCGAGUGAUGUCUCUUCCAUAGAUAGAACAGAGAGGCCUAAUGUGACGAAAUACUCUUCUGAGAAAAGAAGCGUAAGACCAGGCAGAACAGAUAACCAUGAAUUCAGAACCAGCUUUGGUCAUGAAGUUUUUUUAACCAGUGUAAAUAAACAUGGGGCCCAGUAUUCAUCAGUGCUUUCAAGUGGACAAGUAUGUAAAUCUUCCAGUAGCCACCAUCCUGAUAUGGAGGCACAAACCAUUAGUAAAGACGACUCUAGAGCCUUUGAUUUAAGGAAAUGUCUAUACUCAAAGAGCGUAGAACAGAGCUUUAGCUUAGAUAGUAUAGCACAUGAAAACAGAGAGAAAUUCAGAGUCACAGAACCAGAGGAAAAGGUCAGGAGAACCAAAAGUAGCAUUGCAGACUUGAAAAUUUCAGAAAGGUGGAGAAGGAAGACCUUGCCUCAGGAUUCCAUCAAGACAGAAGAAGUUGGCCUGCUCACUCCUGAGAGUAUCAAAAGGCUGAAUAGGACAGAGUCAUUGCAAUUGGAAGAAGGUUCAGUUAAAAAGAGAAGUAAAAAAAGCAAAGAAGGACUGGAAGGAAAUGAGACAAACCAAACUGUUCUUGGCAGUCCUGACGAUUACUUGAAAAAUCAGAGUGCUGCUUUUGAACCAAAGGCAACUUAUUUUGCAGUUACUUAUCAGGUUCCUGGUGACAGAAGAGAGAAAAGCUUUGGUACUCCUAGCGCAAGUGAAACUAGUAAAAUUUCUCCCUCAAGUGAGAUAGUAACAACUAAUUUGGACCCUAUUUUUUCCAAAAGUUCCAAACCGGUAUUACAGCAACCAAGUGAAAAUAUAACACGUACAAAUUGUAGAGAAGACUCACGAGACGUAUAUAUUAAUAAGGAUUGGGCCAAAGAGGAAGAAAAAAAUGAAGUUAACUUUUCAAAAAACAUUUCAUUCACUAAUUUUCAAAUAUCAGGGAAAGAUAACCAGAAGUAUCGUGAAAGAAGUCUAGAUUUUUCUAAAGAGAAAAUUAUAGAUGUUGAUGCUUUCAUGUUAAAACGGGACCUGGAAAAUACACCUCAAGCUGAUCUCAAACGUAGUGGAAGAAAAGUCUCUUCUUACCAUGAACCCAGAUCCCCCCUACAUUUUGCACAGUUGCAUAAAAACAGUGAACCAGUAAACCAGAAGAGUAGUGAAAGUAAUUAUGAUUUAGCUGCAGGGAAGGCUGAGCAUGGCUAUAGGUCACGAAUUCUUGAUAUUGAUGCACUUAUGGCAGAAUAUAAAGAAGAACCGGUGUUUCAGGACAAGCUCCCUGAAGACCACAGUUUAUUUAAUAGGGAGUUACCAAAGAACAAAAGAAAUGUGUCAGAUUGGACUUCUUCCUCCUAUAGUGGGAAGGAGAGGAAGGGAUCGGAUCACUGUUCCGUUAAAAACAAGCAAGGUGACCGGGCAGAAGAGUACCACAGGCCAGAGAAACUAAUCCUAAAUGAAAAGAACAGAGAGAAACUGGAAUCCUGUGGCCCUGAAUUUGAUAAACAGAAGUCCAAAGACAGAAAGUUCAGCCCUCCUUACUGGGGAAACCCUAGCAGCUUGUUUUCAGAUAAGUUUGUAAAUUCACCUGUGGAGUUCACCAGAAAAAAAACAUUCAUCAUUGAUGAAGAUCAAGAAGUGAACUUAACUUCCAGCCAACGAAGUUCAACAUUUGCAAAUGACAAGGUACAGCCUGUGCGCGCAGUUGGUGCAGAGCAAAAGUUGGAAAUUAAUUUGGCUUCCAAGUUCUCCGUAAAGGCUGAUGUUGGCCAGUUACAGAAGAAGUUGGUCACAAAAGAGCAGUUCUUGGAGGUGGCUCCAGAAGGUGACUGGAGCAAGGAUGUAUCAAGGAGCUUUGUAACUAAGAACAAAGACAACGCAAAUAAGACAUCAUGUGACAAUGACUUUUCCAAUGUGAAGAGUAAAACUGAUUGGAAAAACUACGCAUCUACUUUAGGAAGUGCACCGCCAGAUUUAAGACGGUCCUAUUCAGAAAAGAGCCGCCAAGGAAAAGACAAUGUACCGCUUAUGAAAGAAGCAAGGGGAAGAAAGGAUCUAUAUCGAUUCAGGCAGAGCUUCCCGCCGGAAAGUAUGGAAAAUGGGUGGAAAAAAAAGACGUCAUCUCAAUCAGAAUCUUUCUUCCAUGAAGAUAAAAAGGCUUCUGGAAAAGCGUGGACCAAGCAGAGUUCGGAAAAAGCAGAUGGAACAGACUUUACGUUGGUUUCUGUUCAGAGAAGAAGCCAUAGUUUUUAUAAAGACAGAAGGGCAGAUAACUGGACGGAUCAGCUGAAGCAGUGCUUCUCCAGACACCCGCCCGAGGCGAAGGACACAGACACGCUGGUGCGGGAGCCCGACAGCCAGUACGGUACCUGGAACGAGCAGCGGCACAGCGGGGACAGCUUUGCGCCUGAAUCGCCUUCCUCAGAAAACAAUGUCACUUCAACGAGAAAGCAACCACCAAACAGCCAGCCGUCUUCUCUGUCCUCUCAAACGGAGCCUGCCUCCCUGGUUGAUCACCAUGAUUCCUCCAAAGACCAAAGGAGCACAAGUUUGGACCGUUCCAGCACUGACGUGGACUCCACCGAUGGGACUGAUUUGCCUCCUCCGGGAGACGCCUACCCUGAAGAAAAGACCACUGAUUUCUCGUUCAUUGAUCAAACCACUAUCCUGGACUCCAGCGCACUGAAAACUCGUGCACAGCUCAGCAAAAAGAGACGCCAUCGGGCUCCUAUUUCCCACUCUCUUCGAAGAAGCAGAGGGACAGAGUUUGAAAACAAGUUUUCUUUGGAAGAUCCAGACAGUUCCUGGAUGUUUAAAGAUUCCACAGAAGAGAAGAAAACUAUGCAACAGGAAGAUUCUGAUGAGGAAGAAAAAAUACAUCGUACUGGGAAAUCAUCUUCUGUACAAGCGCAGAGGCUUCCUGUGUUUCCAGGAAUGGACCACUCUGUUCUCAAGGCCCAAUUGCGGAAAAGACAAGAGUCUGAGACUGCUGGUGAAAUAAGUUCUGCCCAGCUGUUUAAAUCCCCUAAGCCACAGUUGCAGCAUGGAGUUCCUGGUAGCAGACUACUGCCCUCCAGUGUAGAGAAGGAGGACAGGUCAGAAGAAAAGUCUCCUCAGUGGCUGAAGGAGCUGAAAUCAAAGAAGAGACAGAGCCAUUAUGAGAAUCAGGUUUGAAAAGAUAAUGAUGAUAACUAGGAGAAGAUAUAGAAGUUUAACAGAAGCCUUAACUCAUCUGAACCUAAAAUUCACGUCAUGUUGCUGCUGUUUGCUUCCUGCCUCAACUGCUAUGUGCAUGGUGCCUUCCUGUUUUGUGGAGAAAGCUGCUUAAUGUUCAUAGUCAAAUACAAAGCUGUAUCUUUUCAGAGAUUGGAGGAUAGUCACUUUAGACCUACCUGGAAGAAGAACCAGUGUUUCAUAGUUAGCACUUCAGAGAGUUUUGAGAGAUGGUGAUGUUUGAUGCAGGAGUGCUGUGCAUCAGAAAAGCCCCUCGCUGUUGAGCGCAGACUGCAUUUCUACGUGCGUGUUCAGCAAUUCAACAGUGUGACUUCUGGUAGGCAUGUCAGGUGUAAGGCUGGUUUUGUAUUUGUUUAUGAAAAUAACAAUUUUAAUCAAUUUUAUCUUUUUUGUAAAAAAGAAAAAAAGUAAGCUCCUAUUUAGAAUGAAGUUUGUGCAAGGUGAGAGUGAAAGAACAAAUUAUGUUUACUGCCAUACUGAAAAAGGAAACUUGAUUAUUUUUUGUAAAAUGUAUUUUUGAUUGGCUUAUAUUUACAUGUGAUCUGCUGAUCUAGCAGAUGAAUAUAAUUUUUAGAUGAACAAAAUGUUAAUUUUUGUCAUUCUUCAAAUGGUAUUCUGUGUUUUGUCAGCAUGUGGAAUAAUUGCUUCAUUGGAAUGUCUUUCCUAAAAAGGAUCAAGCAAUAAUGUCAACCAGUUCUCUUUAAAAAUAAAUGUAAAUACUGUUUUUUAUUACAAAAAAGGAAGGGAGGAGGGAGGAUGUUAAACUCAUAUCAGGGUUCCAGUUAAUUAUUGAAUGUCACUUUAAUAGCAGUUCGCAUAGUCCCACUUCAUAUUUUUAUUCAUUAAUCUGUAAAUACCAGUUUUACAUUUUUAUUUCUAUGCUAAUUUUGCGGGAUAAGCUAAGUGUGUUUUUCAGUUUCUCAAAUGAACUACCUAUCUUCUUUUGGUAAGUCCAUGGUUAUAUUAGCAGUGUAGAUAAUCUCAUGCAUAGCACUGGUGUUCUGAAUAUCACUGAUAUCACAAAUAUAUUAAUAUAUCUUUGAAUACAGAUUCUGACAUAUCAACCAAGAUGUCCAUUUAAGAGACAGUUUAUUCUUUUCCUGAACAAGUGCUCUUUUCAGAAAACCUUUAACAAUGUCCCCCAACGAGGGAUUUUAUUCUGUCACGUCAGUAUUCCUCACGACUCAGCUAAGAAAGUAGCAAGGUGGAAACCCUGAGACAGUCGGAUGAGUUCUCCUCAUUUCCUCUUCUGGCCCUUCGGUAGCAAAGGGUCUGGCCAGGGCCUCCGGCAAGGCCGCUGUGACCAGCGUGGCGGUGGAGGAGAGACGGGAGUGGAAACAGAUUGCUGCUUAUUACACUGCGCUUCUGGCAUCCUACUGAUAGGGUUCUCUAAAUAUUCAAAAUAAAGCACCAGCACUUGAACUCCUUUUCCCUUCUUAUGAUCAGCAUUUCGGAAAGCUUGAUUUUUGGGGGGCUACCGCAAGGGCGCAUCUGCUCAGCGAAGUGGCAUGCCCGGUCUGCUGUCUAGCGAGCCUGUAGCUGCCAAAACCAUGUGCCAAUUCUUCUCGUGGAGAAGUCACAGAUGAGGUGAUUUUUUUUAUUUUCCUCGCAGUCUGCGCUUAGGAAAUCACAGCAGUGUGUCAGGAGACAGGUCCCAUAUGCAGCCCUCUCCCAGAUUUAGUUCCAAAGCAGUUCUCUAUACUUAAUGGAGAUAAAAUGAGUAUGUUUCUCUAGUUUAAAAGUCUUUACUCGUUGCUUGCCCCAGUUCAUGUCAGAGCUGUUUUAGGCCCUUUUCUGCUACCAAUCAAGAAAUUAUCACCAAGAUUUCUGCCAAGUAUUUCCUUUUAUGUGGCUUGCUACCUGGGGAAUGGGAGAUGGACUUCCGUUUGGUUGCAGGUGACUAGACUAUUAAAGAGCUACUCUUAACUAAUUUUAAAAUGAGUUGUAUAUAUUUUCUUCCCUCUUCUUUAGAUGAUGGUGGAAAAGACAACUCUUUUAGAAAAGCUUUGCAUAUGUGUCUUUUGGGAUUUUUUUUAAAGACAGCAUUCAAAGUGUGUCAUCAAUUGUAUACCAUGUAUGAUGUAUACACUUUAGGUAGUUUUAAGCAGCAAUGUUUAUAGGUGUGAUAGAGGAAUAAUGAUUGUUUUUCUUAUCAUUACUCAAGUCAAGUGGGGCUUACUUUAAAAAGUAUCUAGAAAUCAGGUAAAUUCCCCCUGCUUACAAGAAUAUUUACACAGGCUUAAUUUUAGAAUUCAGCAGGUUGACAGUGUCUCAUUACCAAUAGUUGGAGGAUUUAAUGCUUCUUGGUCUAAUAAAGGAAGGCCAGAAAUUAUUUAAUUAAACUGCAAUAUUUGCUCUGUGCGUGAGGAAACUGAGGGGAAGAAUAUGAGGUUUCCACAAAGCCCUUUGAAUGUAUAUGCAUUUCCACAUCUGCUUGGACAAUGCACUGAAACUUAGCUGUAUUUAGUAGUUUAACCUACUACUGAGAAAUGUUAAUGCUUAAAUGUCUGAUUAAAAAGCAUCUUUAGAAUGUUGUUGAAUGGGAAAGUGUUUUUUCUGCUCUAUCAUUUCUUGUAUAUGAAUUAAAUAUCUAUUUCCUUCUCUUCAGGUUCUCACUAUGUAAUAAGAGAUCUAUAUAUAUGUUAUUACUUCAUAAAUGAUAGAACAUGCUGUAAUACAAAUUAUAUAAUUUUAUUUUAAUUCCAAAUAAUGCUUGUUAAUUUUUUUCUUUUGUUGCCACAUGGUAUAUUUGAUGUUAAUAUAAGAUGGGAAUGAGCUUAGUUUCAGCACUUUCUUCAGAUAUGCUUUUUCAUCAAUUAUUGGAGUCUGUCAUAAGAGCAGGUUUCAACUCUUUUCCUAACAGUGUUUAAUAACAGAUGUGAUGGAGAUCCUGGCAUUCCCUGUGGAAUACAGUGUAGAAGAAGUAUUUCAUCUGUUACUUUAAGAUUAUUCUGCUUUUUUUUCCCCUGCUAUUUCUUCAAAAGCUGUGUCAGUAGAGCACCUUUUUAAAAAGUGAAAGUACAUGGUUUGUGGAAUUUAGAAAUGUUUCUUUUCUGAUUGCAUUUUUCCUCUUACUAUUAACAGAAAUCCUCCCUCUGUUUUAAUUUGUCAUUUUUGGAUGCAGACAGCCUUCCUAUUUCUUUUUACUGCAACCUCCAGCUAUGGAUUUCUUUCUUUUCACUUUCCAUUUGCAGAUUCACCUCGCUAAAGUUUGUAUAGCUUUAAUUUUAGUAGUUAUUUGUUCAGAAGUUUACUGCUUUGGUAUUGCUUCUAUUUACUGUAUAGAAAGAUGCGACAUUUCUACUCUUCAGCCUUUGAACUCCAAAACCUUUUCAGAAUGUGGUCUGGCGGGACUCAAACCUCCCACCUUUAUGCUUGCACAGAGGUUUUCCUUCACUCUGGUAUUUUGUUUGCAGACAAUUAUUGGCAAACUGUUGGAUGCAUUUUACGUCAGAUUUAUAAGUGCAAACUGUUAUUCAGUUGUUUUAUCUGGAGCAGCAUCAUCAGUUAGGUGAUAACCUUAAGUACGUGUGCAAACAUACUGAAAUAUGCUUCCUGUCUUAGGGAGUUAAACUGUGGAUGUGGUUUGAUGUUGGUGUUACUUGGAGAGGUGAUACACCAAAAUAUAUUGGUGGAGAUCAGAGCAGUUCCAGGACAAAUAUCAUAUUAAUAUUUGUACAGUCCUUUAAGUUUAUGCCCAGUGAAAUGAACUUCUGUCUCUAACCAUUUCACUUACUAUGGGGGGAAAAAAAACCCUAUUGCUGAUAGUACAGUGAUAUUGCCCUUAGUAUUACUGCCUGUAAACAGCAGGAAUGUCUUUGGCACACAUUUUAUUUGACUGUCUGGAGCCAAAGGAAUUGCAUAUCCAGAAAUCCUGUGGUCCCAGUCCAAAUAUGUCCCAGUUUUGCGGUACCAGAAAUGUGGUUAGAGUGGAUCCGCAGGAGGAGAGCAGAAUUACUGGCAUGAACCAGGCCUGAUUUGUUUUGUUAAGAAUCGCGAAGUCAGUUGAAUGUAACAUUUUGGGAAACAGCAAUGUGUUCUGUGCACGUGAUGUGGUGGAAGGGGGUUACUGGAGAAUGCAGGUAGAUAACUUUGAACGGUAAAACUGCACUUCCUACCGGGACAGCUCGUUUGCUUGGAGAUGGGAUGUUUCAGCAGGCUGGUGCACGGCUCUGCUCUCCUGCAGUAGCUGCAUCCACGUUGAGUCCUGCCUGCCACGGCGUGUCCUGGGGUAGGGAUGUGCUUCUGUAGCCAUGUUUUCGGCAUAAUUUACUGCUAUUGCAAAAUCAGCCCCAACGAAAACAAACUAUUCCCGUAGAAGCAUUGUGCUGCCGUUAUAGCUGUACUGGAGAAGACGCUGUUGGUCAGAGAUCUGCUGUCCCGUUCCUGAGGGACAGUUGUGCAAAUCCGUGGUGCGGAUGCAGCAAAGCAGCCGGCCCCCGUCCCAGGUGCCGGGGCGCCCGCGGCGCUGCGUUAGCGAAGGGAACCCGGCGCUGCCCUCGGGGCGGGCCCCAGGUCGAGCCGCUCCGUCCCGCUCGAAAUAGGAACGCUGCGAAGGAAAAGCAAAUGUUUGUUUUCACAUUGACUCGACCUCUGAACUCACGAGCGUCAUCAGCUGUAGUUCUUCCUGGAUCCUCGUGUGAAUUAAGGAAAAAAAGAAGUGCUUUUAGGGAGGACAGGACUUAGGGGGCAGAGACCAGCCUCCACGGAGGUUUAGCUGGGGCCCGGGGGUGCCGUCCGCUGGGGCCUCUCGCCCGGGAUGGCAGAGCCCGGGCGUCGGUGGCCCCCAGGGCUGCCCCGCGCCGACGGGGGACCCCUCGCGGCAGCCGCCCUCCUAGCUCCACGUACCGUCACAAAAUUGUCAUCCGAAAUAGCUCUUCAUGCUAUUGCUGGGAUUUGGAAAAGGAGGAAAGACAAGGUCUAAUGGCUUAUGGGUUUUCCUCUUUCCGUGUUAAACGCGAUGAGAGUAUCGAGCCUGUUUUUAAAGGAGCUACUGUAUAGAUAACAAUUUUUUAUAUCAUUCUAAAUAGCCUUAUAGAAUAUGUAAAUAUGGGUCACACAAAUAUAUUGUGCUAUAGAAAAUAUUUUGUACUACAUAGUUUCCUAAGUAAUAAAGGUAUUCCGGUUGUUGUGUAUCGUACUGUACAAUUAUGAUUCGAAGUUUAGCUUUACCAGCUAUUGAAAAAUCUAUUUUCUAACCAUAUGCUGUAAGCAUUUCUCAUAGGCGUUUGAGAGGCUGACAGCAAAAGGAAAUUGAGUUCUGUAAGGAAGAAAAGUCAAUGAGAUCUAGCGUCCCUUCUGUCAUGUUUUUGCAAUUGCCUUAUCAACGAACAAGGUCCAUGAGUUUGGAAAAUGAAGAUUCAUGGGCACCGUAGCCAUUGCAAAACUAAAUGUAGGCAGGGAUGCUGCUGAGGAAUGGACUGGUAAGAAAAAUCCUGUAUUUUUAACCUGUUGGAAAUAGGUACUGUCAUGUUUGUUAAAAGACACAAAUUAAUCCAUUCCACUUUCUCCUUUGAGUACUUCUUCUGUAUAGAAGUGGUUUUAUAUUUUACAGCCAAGAGGUUUCAAAUUCAAAGAAAAGAUGAAAAUGUGAAAAGGAACUGCAAUAAAAAUGAGCUAAUGAAA